AUGUCGGAUUACGAAGAUGAUAUGGACAUUGAUGCCCCGCCGGCCCAGGAGUCGACCGUGUUUAAUGCUGAUAGCACAGAUGUGAAAGGCAAAAGAAUCGUUGCUGAUCUACCCGUUGAAGCAGGAGAUAAUCUUCCCUGGGUUGAGAAAUACCGUCCAGAUACGCUUGACGACGUCUCCGGACACCAAGACAUCAUUGCCACAAUUAACAGAUUUGUCGACUCAAACAGAUUGCCUCAUCUUCUACUCUAUGGCCCUCCUGGAACCGGAAAGACUUCGACAAUCCUCGCGCUGGCGCGACGGAUAUAUGGAACAAAGAACAUGCGCCAAAUGGUUCUAGAACUCAAUGCUAGUGACGACAGAGGAAUUGAUGUAGUGAGAGAACAGAUCAAAACUUUUGCCAGUACAAAGCAAAUAUUCUCAACGGCGCCCUCGUCGGGGUCAGGCUUAGGUGCAUUCAAACUUAUUAUUCUUGACGAGGCCGAUGCCAUGACUUCAGCUGCACAGAUGGCGCUACGUCGAAUCAUGGAAAAAUAUACUGCCAACACCCGAUUUUGCAUUAUUGCAAACUAUACUCACAAACUAUCACCUGCACUACUAUCUCGAUGCACACGGUUCCGAUUUAGCCCCUUAAAGGAGCAAGAUAUCAGAAAACUCGUGGAUAUCGUAAUAGAGAAGGAACAGGUGCAGAUCCAGCCAAACGCCAUUGAUAGUCUGGUAAAAUUGAGCAAAGGAGACAUGAGACGAGCUUUGAAUGUUCUCCAAGCAUGUCACGCGAGUAGCAUGCCGCUCCCUUCAACGAAGGGUGCCACCAACCAGCCACCGCAAGAAAGAGAAACUAUCACCGAAGAGACCAUCUACACAUGCAUCGCUGCUCCACAUCCAGCCGACGUCAAGACGAUUCUAGAAACCCUCCUAUCAACGUCAGACGUGACUUCAUGUUUAAAUACCGUACAAACGCUAAAAUCCAACAAAGGGCUAGCAUUGGCUGAUAUAAUCACCGCGCUGGCGACGGAACUUCAGACUUUAGAGGUUCCUCCCCAAGUCCGGGUUUCCUGGAUAGAGGGUUUGGCAGAUGUGGAGUGGAGGUUGUCAGGGGGUGGAAGUGAGACCAUUCAAACGGGUGGUAUGGUCGGUGUUAUACGCACCGGCUCAAACGACACAGCGGAGCGAAAUGACGCAGAGUCAUAG